AAAAUCAAUAGUCCAGUGUUAAAACGCCGAACUACGAAUUCUGGGCUCCCCGACCUCCCCAACUUUAAUAACCUAGUCUUUUGAAUAUUACUUUAAUUUCCAGAAAAAGACCGAAAAUGACCAACCAAGUCGGCCGCACUGGAAAUCCGCGGCGGCUAAGUAUCAUGUGAAAUCGUAGAAACACAAUUUCUUUCCGAUGUUAUUUUUCAGUUUAAAUUUAAACAGGACAUAAAGCAAAAGCUUUUUGACUUUGUAAUUUGCCUUGAACAUUAAGAAUGACGCAUCUCAUUAAGGUAUGUCUAUUUUUAAAUAACACGUGCGUAAAUUUCCUAAUAUAAGACAGCAAUUAUUUUGUUAGAAUUCAUUCGAUGUAACUUUGUGCCAUUUUAGUUAGUGAAAUUAUACUGUUUUUAUAUAUGUAUAUAUAAGUAUGAAAAAUAUGAAUGGCUGAAUCUACUGACUUCAGUUAAUAUAGUUAUUGUUUUGCCGAAUAAUCUGACAACAUUUCUUUUUGAUACCAGGAUAACGAUCUAUUUUUUAAAACAGAACAACAUUACUUUUUUAAAUCACAAGACAAAGUUACAAUUAAAAAGUAACAGGACAAUGACAACAUUUUCUCUUCUCAUAACAGGACACAGUUACUUUUCAAAAUUAAUAGGACAAAGUUAACUUGAACAACGUCACUCGUAAAUAGAAAAAGACAACGUUAUAUCUUUUAAUAAACCGGGUAACUUAUCUUUUAGUAACAGAACAAAAAUAUUUUUAAUUAACAGGACAUCGUAAUUUUUAAUUAACAGGACAACGUUAUUUUUAAUUAACAGGACAACGUUAUUUUUAAUUAACAGGAUAACGUUACAACAAAGCAGGAAACGACUGAGCUCGGUGUCUGUGAACACAAGGUCACUUGCGACAGCGAUUCAAGAGCCACUGGUACCAAAAGGAUCAUUCAACAUUUCGAAGUUUGUUCUAGUAUCGCAGAACUAAUCUUAAUUCCAGUGGCCCAUAUAUUAUCAAAACUGUCAAUUCUCUUGUCGACUAAAGGAUAUAUUAAUUUAUUUUAAGAAAUUAAAAUACUUGAAGAAUAGGAGAUACAGUAAAUUUUGAGUCCAAGUGCCAUUUUCAGGAUUGAUUUGUGCUAAUUUCCGAAGGACUUUGUUGAGCUUUGACAUAAUCAGACAAUUAUGAAGCUAUUAUAUGUGUUGGUUGUGAUGGUUGUUGCCAUGGUGAUAAUGAGCUCGCUAGAAGCUGCAGGAAGGAAUUCGAGGGAAAGAAAAAACAAAAACAAAAGGAAGAAUAAGAAAAAGAACUUGAAGGGACCAAAACAUUGGAAGCGUGAAGACCCAACCGAUCUGAACAAUUUAUUGCCUCGGUGUUCGGACGGGGGCGGUACAGGAAUACCAACAUUUUUCAGCGGGAUGUUUUUGUCUCCAAGGGAAAUUGACACACUUGUGAAGGAUACGAAAGAGGAAAUGAAACCGUCGACGGCGAGAAGAUCAAAGACCAGAUACGUCCAGAGGAACAGACUGUCAAAGAGAAUUGGCACUAUAUCUACAUUUGCAGCUCCGUCAAAUCCUAAAGACCAGUCAUGCUGCGAAACUGAACUGAAGGUGACGGCUCCAGGCCAGGUCAUGGUAGAUGGUAAAUCAAUGUCUGUAGUGCACAUGAAUCAUUCCUACCAGUACGUACAGGAAGGAGAGUGCGUAACCCCUGGCAGUUCUUGUCGUGGUAUUGGGAUAUGCACUCAGUCUUACAAAUACUCUUUCAUGCUUUUAUAUGACCCGGAUUUAGUAGGAAAAGUAAACCCGCCUGUCCGGUACGGUAGAGUUCCUGUCAAGUCACACUGCGAGUGUAUGAACAUUGGCAGGGUCAUAAAAUAAUCCGAGGACAGACAUUGAGAAUAAAGUAACAUUUGCGAAUACGUGUUCCUUGUUUUGUGCACCUGUACGAAAAAAGGACCUGUUUUACAGCUGUAAAACGUCUGUAAAAGACCUGUAUUUUGAAAUUACAACUGUAAAAGACCUGUAGAUGGAAAAAUGAUCAGAAAUACAGUUGAAAUUUUCAGGUGUGAAAUAUGAUGGUCUCAAUUUACAGCUGGAAAAAUUUUACUGUUGAAAGUUUCAGCUGUAAAAUGCUUAUUUUUAAAAAUUACAGCUGUAACAUUUUUGGAGGGAAACAUGAGUACUGUCAGCCAUCUUUAAUGCAUUUUGGCAAGAAAUAAUUGAAAUUCACACAGGCAUCACAUCUUGUAAAAUUUUGGAAUUUAAAGCGGUAUAGAGUAAGUACAGAUGUUUAAUUAUCUAUUAUAGUUGUAAAAGGACAUGUAUAAGUACAUACAUUAACUAUUUACUCCUGGAAGCCGAUAAGUUUAUAAAAGAAAUGAUUACAAGAUUGUCAUAUGUUUUCAUGACUGACAAAGCAAGUUUUAUAAACAAGAUCUGCAUAUGUUCUACUUUGUAUCCUCCUCUUGAAUUUUGCUGUUGCUAUACUGUAAUCGUACCACAUAUACUUUACAUACUAGAUCAUUUAUUUUGCCAUUUUCAUAGUAAUUGCUACCUUAUCUAAAGAACUGCAACUCAUCCUAAAACUUUUUGCAUCUCUACUUUCGUCCCUUAAAAUAAUGCCCUCUUUUUCAACACCUAUAACAUUUCUACAGCUGUAACUUUUGGGCAUUUUUACAGCUGUAAUUUUUUUUUUUCAUUUUUACAGCUGUAACUUUUUUUUACAGGUGUAGCUCAUUUGCAUAUUUCGAACUGUUUUACAGUCGUUUGACAGCUGUAAAUUGAAAUCUACAGCUGUAAAAUCAAUGGUGUUAUAUAAAAUCUACAGGUGUAAAUUUGGUAUAAGCAUGACUGUUAUUUUGAACAAAAAUACAGGUCUUUUACAGCCGUAAAAAAAUUCGUACAGUGAGCUUUCCGACAGUGCUGAAAUAAACAAAUCCCUGUCAACAAUCAAAGCUCAGCUUAAUAGAAAGGUUCUCCUUACGUCUGUCCCGUUAAAAACGAUUGAUUUCACGUUUUACAGUGACGUCUGUCUCGUUAAAAACGAUUGAUUUCACGUUUUACAGUGACGUCUGUCUCGUUAAAAACGAUUGAUUUCACGUUUUACAGUGCAUUUUGCCAACUAUUUUUUUGAUGUUUAUAUUUCAGCCAAUCGCUCACUGUUUCAUGUAUUUCAUUUAUGCCAUGACCCGAAUAUCGUGAUUUUGUAUACUGUAGUGGAAAGAACCUUUCAAUAAGCAAUUUGUUUCUGGUCCUAUCUCCACUCGUCAUUUUAUUGUAUUAUCUGUUGUGAACUAUAUGUAUCUUGA